AUGGCUUCAGAGAUCAAGGUUGAAGUCAUUCACAAGGAAAUAAUUAAACCAUCCUCUCCAACUCCUCACCACCUUAAAAACACCAGCCUCUCUGUUUUUGAUCAGAUCACAUCUGAAGUUUAUGUCCCAGUACUUCUCUUCUAUCCCAUCAUCAGUAGUGAUGAGGUCAAUAAUAUUGAUCACCAUUCUUUGUUUGCUGAAAAACUCAACCUUCUAAAAAUAUCAUUAUCUGAAAUCCUAACUCACUUCUACCCCUGGGCCGGAGAAUUCGUAUAUAAUUCUUCCAUCAGCUGCAAUGACCGGGGAGCUGCAUUUGUUGAAGCCAGAGUCAAUUGUACCAUAUCACAGAUUUUGGGCCAACCAGAUCUUGGGAUACAGAAACAAUUGGUUCCAAAUGAUAUAGAAUGCAGGACAAAAUCAGGCAAAGGCUAUCUUCUACUAGUUCAAGCCAACUUCUUUGAAUGUGGUGGAGUGGCAAUUGGAGUCAGCAUUUCACAUAAGAUCGGUGAUGCUUAUACACUAAGCAAAUUCAUUAAUAGUUGGGCUGCAAUUGCCCUUGACUCCACUGCUACUACUGAUGUACUGCCUCCUGCACAAUUUGGUGCUGCAGCAUCUCUUUUACCACCUCUGGAUUUCCUCAAUUCACCUCAACCUCCUGUGGAAUUUGUCCACGAAAAUUGUGUAACAAGGACAUUAGUGUUUGAUGCCUCAAAUAUUGCUGCUCUCAAGUCCAAAGCUGCCAGUGCCACAGUGCCAAACCCAACGCGCGUUGAAGUAGUGUCAGCGCUCAUUUGGAAAUGCGUAAUGGAAGCAUCACGAUCAAACUUGGGUUUUGUAAGGCCAUCCUCGUGGUGUCAAUUUGUGAACAUGAGGAAAGUUUUGGUUCAGCACUCAGCAGACGACUUAUUGGGAAAUUUCUUCGGGCACUUUGUAGCAAAGACAGAGGAAAGUGAAGUAGAUCAUGAUGUUCAAAGCUUGGUUGCUAAAAUGAGGAAGAGCUUUGAGGAAUUGAAGGUAAAUUUUGCUAAUGGAAUUAGUGGGGAGGAUGUGUUGCAGCUCUGCAAAGAGUUAGGGGAGCUCAUUGGAAAGGUGGAUGUAAACAACUAUUGUUCCACCAGUUUGUGCAGGUUUCCCUUCUACAAAGCCAAUUUCGGAUGGGGAAAGCCAUCAUGGAUGAGUAUGCCAGCUGGUGCUGUAGAAAUCAAGAACAUAAUCUCAUUGAUGGAUGUAAGAGAUGGGAAUGGUAUACAAGCACGCUUGAGUUUGAAAGCGGAAGACAUGGCCAUAGUUGAAAGUAACCGGGAGCUGCUUACGUAUGCUUCUUUGAACUAUGAGGUUCGUCACAAACUCAUACCUAAGCUUUGA